CUUUGGUAGACGGUAGACCUUCCUAUCAUAAGCUUAAAAUUAUUAAAUAAAAAUACAAUCUUUAUAGUGCUAUUAAUAAAAAAAAUUGUUAGUUAAUUAGGCGUAAUGGCGCAUCUAUAUGAUGAGCGGGGCAAUCCAAUCCAGCUGACGGACGAGCACGGCAAUCCCGUCACCCUCACCGACGAGCACGGCCGCCCCAUGCACCUCACCGGCGUUGCCACCACCGUCGAUUCCCCCAGCGACCUGCUAGUUGCUGACACCACUGUUGGCGUCAUCACCACCUUUGGCCCAGCUGGGGAGGCGGUUACGUCUGAAACCGCCGUAGUACGAGAUCAUCAACACCCAGAAGUACUAUUGGAGCCACCUCCUCCUUAUCAACUGCAUCCGCAGCAACUGCCCCGCACCGGCAGUUCAAGCUCCAGCUCGUCAGGUGAAGAAGGGGAUGGACAAGGGGGGCGAAGAAGGAAAAAGAAAGGGCUGACGGAGAAGAUAAAGGAGAAGCUGUCCGGGAGUAAGCACAAAGAGGCGGCCGUAGAACCACCGCUCAACGGCAGCGCAACCUCAACCACUACUGAUAAGCACCACCAUCACAAUCAGCACGAUCACAAGAAGGGUAUGAUGGAGAAGAUCAAAGAGAAAUUACCCGGCACCACCCAUCACUAAUUAUCUUAGUUUCGAACCAUAUAUUUCAUUAAUUAAUAGGCACCAUCUUGUGAUGAUCUCAUCUUAUAUGCACAUUUCUAAAAUGUGCUCGUCCUUUUCCCUUUGUGUUUUGUUGUAGUUUUUUUUUUGUAUUUGCAUUGCAUGUCUAGCUGAUGCAUUUAUGUAUUUCGAUCUUAUGCACAAUAAUAAUUAAGGGCUCUCCAUCAUACAAGAAAGACAUAACCACCG